CGUGGUGGGUCUGUUGCUGAUUCGGAUGCUGAAAAUAACAGCUCUGCUGAGCUGAGUGGAAGAUGAUUGUUUCCAUACUAAGCCAUUUGUUCAGGAUCAGCAGCCAGCUUUGAAAAUUUCCCCAUCCUUCUUCCCCUUUCAGUGGACUCUCCACUGUCACGUUCAUAGAUAGAUAGUUUUGUUUAAUUAAAAAAUAAAUGUCUCUGCAGCAGAUCUAAAAUAAGUUAAAAGGGGUAAAAAUGAAUUUUUUCCCCUUAACCUGCAAACAAAGCACAGCCUUGGUUUUGUCUGGCCAAAUGUUAGGCUCUCGUUCAGAUUGUGAACUAAUUGUGACGACGGGGCGUGAAUUUUCAUACGGUAUGUCUUUCUCUGACGUAGGUGGCCUGCUUUAAUGAAGUACUAUAAUCAGACAGAUAGUGUGAAUUGGCUAGAAGAAUACAAAGAACGGGAGAAAGCAGGCUUGAAAGCUCAAAGGAUCGUCGCCUCAUUUUCCAAAAGGUUCUUUUCAGAGCACGUGCCCUGCGAUGGCUUCACUGAUGUCGAGACUCUUGAUUGCCCAAGCCAUUUCUUUGAGGAUGAGCUGAUGUCCAUUCUUAACACAGGAGACAGGAAAGGGCUGACGUGGAAGUACUAUGCAAAGAAAAUUCUUUACUUUCUGCGGCAACAGAACAUUUUAAAGAAACUGAAGACAUACCUUCAGUACUCAGCAGAUGAGCAGUCCUUUUUGGAAGGAGCUGUGCUGAUCGACCAAUACUGUAACCCUUUGUCGGAGAUCUCCCUCAAGGGUAUCCAGGCCCAGAUCGAUGACAUUGUUGCUAAAGUUUGUGAAUUUCUCAAAUCCAAAAAUCCCAGACAUCCAAGUGUGGACCGAAAAGCAGGAGAGGUCUUGAUAGUCUCUCAGGUGGAGCUUCAGAGUCAGGUUCUUGAUGCCAUGAACUAUGUCCUCUACGAGCAGUUGAAAUACCGAGGAAACGAGGUGGAUUAUUACAAUUCUCAGAAUUCAUACAUCCAUCAGGUUUUAAUUCGCAGGACUGGAAUCCCAAUCAGCUUGUCGGUGCUGUAUUUGACGAUUGCCAAGCAGUUGGGUGUCCAGCUCGAGGCAGUCAAUUUUCCCAGUCACUUUCUGCUCAGGUGGUCCCAAGGAAGAGAAAGGAGCACCAAUAUAUUUGACUACACAUACAUCGAUGCUUUUGGGAAGGGGCGGCAGCUGAAUGUGAAAGAAUGCGAAUACUUGAUUGGGCACCAUGUGACGGAGGAAUUCUAUGGCGUGGCCACAGCCAAAGAGGUUCUGCAGCGAAUGGUGGGCAACUUGUUAAAUAUUGGAAAGCGGGAAAGCACUGACCAGUCAUACCAGCUCCUGAGAGACUCUCUGGAUCUGUACUUGGCCAUGUAUCCAGACAACGUGCAGCAUCUAAUGCUCCAAGCUAGAUUGUAUUUCCACCUCGGAAUCUGGCCAGAGAAGCACAUUCAGGCCUUGGACCCAUCCCAACAAGGAGCAGUGGGGUAUUUAGUUCAACAUACCCUGGAACAUAUUGACCGUCGGAAAGAAGAAUUAGGUCCGGAUGUGAAGCUUCAUUUCGAGGAGAAACACAGAGACAUCUGCUAUUCUGUCGGCCUGAUUAUGAAACACAAAAGAUAUGGCUACAACUGUGUGAUCUAUGGUUGGGAUCCAGCAUGUAUGAUGGGACGUGAAUGGAUCCGAAACAUGAAUGUCCACAGCUUGCCGCAUGGUCCCCACCAGCCUUUCUACAAUGUUUUAGUGGAAGAUGGGUCAUGCCGUUAUGCUGCCCAAGAGAAUCUAGAGCCCAACCCAGAACCUCGUGAGAUUCCUCACCCAGACAUCGGUCGUUACUUCGAGGAGUUCGCUGACACAUACUAUGUUGCAAACGCAGAGUUGGAGAUUCGGUACCCUGACGAUUUGGAGCUCACCCGUUUGGCUGCCCAGGAAACUGAUGAGACAGAUGAAUGAGGCCUUUUUUUAAAAAAAUCCCCUUUUUCUGUGCAAGGACAAAAGAGACUUUGUACAGCAGUUGCAAGAAUUUCAACGUGGGGAAGCCACUAGUCUGGGGGAAUUACAUUUUGCUAGCUAGGAGUGAAGCAUUUGUUAUGUAACCCCUCAAUUGUGUUGUGCUGACGCUUGUAAAACAAUGUGGGUCAUGCAAGUUGUAGAGACCGCCUUCUCUACAGGGUCCUCACUGUAUGAAGAACUUCUGGACCUUAAAAGUUCUAAUUCUUGAGAUUUUCAGCGGCCUGCAGAUGGAAGCUGUGGAUGAUUUAUAGGUAGGGCUUUCUGGAAUGAACAUAACAUCUUCCUUCUUCACUCAAGUUUGACUAGCAAUGCAGUGCCAAAACCUUAGGAAUUAUGUUGACACUUCCUUACUCAAAGAUCUCAUAGAAGCAUCGAUGGGAUUGCUCUCCACUACUUCAGGCCGACAACUUGAAUUAGGAAAACUGCAUUGUAUUUUUUCUUUCCUGCAGGUUUUUUGGAGUCACAUUCCAGCACACACACAAUGCCACCUUGGUGAUGAAGCUGAAUAUGAAUAUCAUCCUUUCAUUCUGCUUAUUUGCUGCUUGUUCUCUCCAUAAAGAAAGGACGCACCAUUAUCAUGAACAGUGUAUUUCUCAAACAUAACUUGUGUGGGAGGAAAACAAAGCACAGAAGGACGUAGUGUUAAUGUCUAAAAUUUCCUUUUCUCAGGGAAUAUACAUGAGAUCGGAGUUGGUUGCUUUGCAAGCCAUCUGGCAGAAAAAAAAAAUGAUCAUGCUUAUUUACCUUUCAUCGGGCAUUGUAAAUAUAUAUUGCAAGGCUGUGGAAUAUGUAAUUUCUAAAUUGGUGUGUCUGAGCAGAGUGCAGUUGACACUUGCUGGAUUACGUGUUUAGUGGCACAGGAGGUAAGCUAUUAAUUAUCACAUUGUAAAGGAUAAAAUGAUACACUUCUAUGAUCUUAGUCCUGAAUGUUGCUGUUUGUAGCGGUGAAAUUGGUAUUUUCAGGAUCGCUCUUAAUUUGCAUGCUGUGUUUUCAUACUCUUUGCAAAGCACAUUUCCCUGUGAAAUGUAGCAUUACCUACAGGGAGUGACUUGAAACAACUCGGAGGUUUGAGUGAGAUUGUUGCUCUGGGAACACCUGCACGUCCUUUGACGUGCAUACGUGUUUGGAUUGUGGUUGUGGAGCUGAAUCCACUGGUGGGUUGCAUCAAGCUGAAAUCGUCGUCCCUUGCAACGGCAGCCGCCAAUGGUGAUGACCUCCCUUGAGACGUGAGCGCGCGCCAACUCCCGGGCGCAGGACGACGUCUGAAUCGUCCUAGGAGAUCCAGCAAAGCUGACAACUCAGGUUGCCGAAGUUUGGCCAACGGGGCAAGAAGAAAGCCGUUCUUUCACGGCAACUUUAAAGCAACUUGAAAAGGCCAAAUUGGGUGGGCUGACCUCCUUUGCCGUUCACGAAGUCCAAACCCCUUCUUGUUUGAGGGGUGAAAAUGUUAGCAAUACAGAGUCCAAAAUUUAGCAAUACAUAGUCCCUCUUGUUGUUGGAAAGAUGCUGCAACUGAGAAAUAAGCAAACAAUGAAUCUGCCUCGAACUGCAACUUUUAACCUACAGCUGGCUGUGGGUCCCCUGUUAUUCCGGGUCAGGUGACCCCAAUCAGAAGUGUUUUAAUUUUCCCCUCUGGGUCGUUGGGGGUCUGAUGUUUGCCUGCCAUACCUCCCUCCUCCUGAACUUCUAUUUUUUUUUUUUUCCCUAAAGUGCUUGGAAUUUCUCCUUCGUAUGAAAGUGCUAUAUAAAUACAUGCGUCUCUAUCUAUCCAUCUAGUUAUCUUCAAGCAGUUUUGAAGGUAUUUAAAAAGCAGAAUUUGUACAGCUCAUCAAUACUGUAUGCAGUUUUGAUCAUAAAAUGCACUAUUUUUAGGAUAGUCACAAAUGUAGGGCUCUAUUCCCUUCCUGCCCCCCCCCCCCAGCACUUGAUGUAUUUCUGGAAUAAAAUGUCAGCCUUA